UCUUCUUCUGUCUCUCCCCUUAUUUCAUCGCUUUCUCUGACUCCUCCUGGUUCAAUUGCAUCAGACGUAGACAGAGAGAAAGAGAGAUCCUCUUCGUUUGAUGCUCUUCUUCCUCUAGGGAUUUCUUUAGUGGGUUUCGAGUUUUCUUCUCAAUUCGAUAAACAAAAAUGGUUAACCCAGAUGAGAACUCUCGUAGCAUCGUCGUCAAACCCAUUACAACGAUUCAAGAUGAAACAAGAAUCGGAAAAUUCGGGUUAGAGAUGAAGAGACAGAACAGGAGAGCACUGGGUGUGAUUAAUCAGAAUCUCGUCGGUGCAAAAGCUUACCCUUGCGUCGUUAACAAGAGAAGAGGCUUAUCUGAACGGCAACAAGAAGGAUGUGAGAAGAAGAAGCUUGAUUCAUUGCAUCCAUCAGUUUCAAGAUCCCAAGAAGAGACGACGAAGAAGCUGAAGCCAUCGGUACCAAGCGGAAACGAGUUCGGUGAUUGUAUAUUCAUUGAUGAUGAUGAAGAGGAGGAGAAAGAAGCUGCAUUGGACCAACCUAUGCCAAUGUCAUUAGAGGAACCAUACAUUGAAUCAGAUCCUAUGGAGGAAGAAGUUGAGAUGGAGGAUAUAAUAGUGGAAGAAGAAGAAGAACCAAUUCUGGAUAUCGACGGACAAGAUGCAAACAACUCUCUUGCAGUUGUUGAAUAUGUCGAAGAUCUAUACGAGUUCUACCGUAAAAAUGAGAGAUUUAGCUGUGUUCCUCUUGAUUACAUGGCGCAACAGUUUGAUAUAACCGACAAAAUGAGAGCAAUACUUAUAGAUUGGCUCAUCGAGGUACAUGACAAAUUCGAGCUUAUGAACGAGACAUUGUUUCUAACCGUGAAUCUGAUAGAUAGAUUCUUGUCCAAGCAAGCUGUUGUAAGAAAGAAGCUUCAGCUUGUUGGUUUAGUCGCAUUGCUCUUGGCUUGCAAAUACGAAGAGGUGUCGGUACCAAUUGUUGAAGAUUUAGUUGUCAUUUCCGACAAAGCCUAUACCAGGAACGAUGUUUUAGAAAUGGAGAAGAUUAUGCUCAACACUUUGCAAUUCAAUAUGUCGUUACCAACGCAAUACCCUUUCUUGAAGAGGUUCCUCAAGGCUGCUCAAUCAGACAAGAAGCUUGAGAUCUUGGCGUCGUUCUUGAUCGAGCUUGCUCUUGUGGACUACGAGAUGGUUCAGUAUCCACCAUCGUUACUAGCCGCCACUGCAGUGUACACAGCUCAGUGUACAAUCCAUGGCUUCAGUGAAUGGAACAGCACUUGUGAAUUCCACAGUCACUACUCUGAAAAUCAACUCCUAGAAUGUUGUAGAAGAAUGGUGAGCCUGCACCAGAAGGCUGCUACGGAUAAACUAACAGGAAUCCCCGCUUUGAAACCCAAAUCCACAUCUCAAUCCCUUCUCCACCUCAGCAAACCAAACACCGUGAGCCUCGCCGGAAAAGCCAAGCCCGUCUCGGUUAGAUGCGUCGCCGCAACGACCCAUGUCCAAGACGGAGCUAGAUCCGGCUCCGUCGGAUCACAAGAACGCGUCUUCAACUUCGCGGCGGGUCCAGCCACUUUGCCGGAGAACGUUCUCCUUAAAGCGCAGUCGGAUCUGUACAACUGGCGUGGAUCCGGGAUGAGCGUGAUGGAGAUGAGCCACAGAGGGAAAGAGUUCCUCUCGAUUAUACAGAAAGCGGAAUCGGAUCUCCGUCAGCUCCUGGAGAUUCCUUCGGAAUAUUCCGUUCUGUUCUUACAAGGAGGUGCAACGACCCAAUUCGCUGCCUUGCCUCUCAAUCUCUGCAAACCGGAUGAUACGGUCGAUUUCGUUGUUACCGGUUCGUGGGGAGACAAAGCCGCGAAGGAAGCGAAGAAGUAUUGCAAAACCAAUGUGAUUUGGUCUGGUAAAUCUGAGAAAUACACAAAGGUUCCAUCUUUCGGCGAGUUGGAGCAGAGCCCGCACGCCAAGUAUUUGCAUAUAUGCGCCAACGAAACAAUCCAUGGAGUUGAGUUCAAAGACUACCCUGUUCCUAAGAACCCUGAUGGGAUCUUGGUCGCUGAUAUGUCUUCCAACUUCUGCUCGAAACCGGUUGAUGUAUCCAAGUUCGGCGUGAUCUACGGUGGUGCACAGAAGAACGUUGGUCCGUCUGGUGUCACGAUCGUGAUCAUUCGAAAAGAUUUGAUUGGAAACGCUCAAGACAUCACUCCUGUGAUGCUUGAUUACAAGAUCCACGACGAGAACAGCUCGUUGUACAACACGCCUCCUUGUUUCGGGAUUUACAUGUGUGGCCUCGUGUUUGAGGAUCUGUUGGAGCAAGGUGGGUUGAAAGAAGUGGAGAAGAAGAACCAGAGGAAGGCUGAUCUGCUUUACAACGCCAUUGAAGAAAGCAAAGGCUUUUACAGGUGUCCUGUUGAGAAAUCAGUGAGGUCGUUGAUGAACGUGCCUUUCACAUUGGAGAAGUCUGAAUUGGAAGCUGAGUUUAUCAAGGAAGCUGCCAAGGAGAAGAUGGUGCAGCUUAAAGGGCAUAGAUCAGUGGGAGGUAUGAGAGCUUCUAUCUACAAUGCAAUGCCUUUGGCUGGUGUGGAAAAGCUUGUUGCUUUCAUGAAAGAUUUUCAGGCAAAGCAUGCUUAG